AUUCAGUCGUGGAAUUCGCGUCGCAAUGGUGGCCGGUGGGUUGCACUGGGGCCCCUGGCCCUGGGCUCGUGUUUCAAGGACUUGGCAAAGGAUGGAGCAGCCCGCCUCUUCACAACACAGCUGUUUCGCGGGCCUGUUUGGCCUCGCAGCCGAUGUCUUGGCCUCGAUCCAUCCGCCCAAACCUUUCGAGGUGCCACCCGAUGAAGUGCAAUAUAUUGGGAUGCUGCCAGCAACACUUCGCAGGUCCAACUUCCAAUUUGAGAUGAAGAUGGAUGACAAGGCCAACCGCGGUGCUCUGCACAACGGCAGGCUUUCAGAUGUUUCGACCACAACAAAUGGGUCGGAGACUUCAACAUGCAUGUGGUCCGUUGAGGAUGCAAGCAUAGUUGAGCAAUGGUGGAUGGAAUACAUCAGAAUGAAGGAGAAAGAGUGGAAGGCACCCGCGAACUCCAGCUUCGAGCUGGACGAGACAGCACCUUCUCCAGAGAUUGUGGAGGAGUAUGCGCCUGGAAGCCCUCAUGGCGCCACGAGGCCAGGCAGAGUCUCAUUAGACUCAGUCAGUUCCAGUUCAGCAUCCACACUCCAAGAGGACAUUCGAGAAGAGCAGGACUUUAUUUUUUGCGCUUUGCCUACUGAACUUUCCAAGACGCAUUUGCUGCAAUGCCUCGCUGUGAGGGAUGUGUGCUCACUUCGUGCUUCCUGCCAGUGCUUGUCGGCUCCACAGGUGCUUGUGGACCACUUUGCCUACCUUGUGAACCCUAGCAGGCCAGAGGUGUACAUAGCGAUGGCAGGCGUCGUGGAAGCCAGCGAUAAACUGCAAUUUAAGCAAGACCUUGGCUACGAGCUGCAAGCACGAAUUCGAGGUAUUGUCUCGUUGUUUCUGAAAGGGCACAUCGAGCAUUGGUGGCAGAUCAACUCUUCCGCUGUCAUGAAGAUUCUCGCUGGACUGCAAACCCACUCCAAGAUUUCAACCGUACAAUUUGGUCAUAGAUUACCCGUGUUGGUUUGCAAGUUUGCAUCCAAAUUGUUCAAAGUUCCUGACAAAGACGCACAAACCUACUUGCUCCGCGAUCUCCUGGACAUUCUUCACUCCGAUGACUCGAACUACUUGGAUAAACUGUCAGCUUGCGUCACCUUCCGCUAUUGUUCUUGCCAUUUGGGACCGCUUCAUGAGGAGUGUUUGGCAACUUUGGGUGACAUUGUGAUGAACACAAAAGGCAGCAAAAGGCUCCACAAAUCAGCAGUAAAGACCUAUGAGAUGCUGAGCAGAGUGACGGAGACGACGACGAUCGACACCUGUGACAACUGUAAUUGAUCAUGACCGACGACUCAGGAGGCUUCAGAACUUCUGACGGCCACAACCUUUGCUCUGGCGAUUGCCCGCCGGAGGCGUACGUGACGUUGAAAAUACCAUGGCUUGAGGCUAUGCGGAAGCAACAAUGAUGUGAUUCCACUCAACCAAUGGACAGAGCUUCAGAGCUCGGAUGACACAUGACUGUCCGAAAAAGAGGAAGCUGGUGGCUAUUUUGGGCUUGCUGAAAACAUGAUGUCGCUUGAAACAUGUUGAUUGCCAUGCUGUGGCUUCUCCGGCGGGGCACAUGAGGCACAAAAACGGUAUUCUUUCGGCGCACACAACAUCCAUAU